AGCACUUAAGUGAACUUGAUGUGGACAGUUGCCCAGUUAGAUUACAUUUCAGCAGCUGUUCGUCAUGACCAAGUACACUGCUCUGAUUUUCUGUCCCUCUAAAUAAUUUGCACCCAAACACAUGGAAAAAUAAGGCUCAUCCUUUAAUGUACUAAAACAGUCAGAACAACAAGUUAAUUAUCUUUCAGUGGCUGAAAGGCAUAAUAUAAAGUAGUGAGGAUCUGUUCGCUGCUUGAGAUUUAUUCCAUGAAGCUGUCCAAAGGCAUUGUGUUACCCACUACUGUAUGCUGUGCUGUGAUUCUCAGGCAAGACAUACCGACCACGGAGUUACCUAAUGCAUGACCUGAGAUCCUCCUCUGCUCCCCCCUGGACUCAGGCAUUACUCUGUGCCCCCAGGACACUGUAACAGCAGUGAAUUUCAAAAGGCGCAGCACAGGUACGAGCUCCAAGUGACAUCCCAGGUACCUGGACAGCCGCGGGGGGAUUUCAUGUGCUGUGCUGAGAUCACACUUUUUUUUUCUUUCUUUUUUUCCCCUCAACAUCUAAGGCACUUCUCUUGCUGCCUAAAGGUGAUCAGGAUGUUGGUUUGCGUGAAGGUCAGGCACAGUUACAUAAGAUCACUGGUUAGAAUGAAAAGUUGAAAGCUUUCAGAGCAGUCUUUGUUAUGAGGCUGAGGUUGUGAGGUGCCCACAAAGAUCCAUUUUGCUCUCAGUGUGCUCUGCUCCAGUCUUCCUCUCCCUGCAAAAACACCACAUUCAUUGUGUUGCUCUGUUUGUGCACUGAACACUGCUCACAGUCUAAUUUAGAUUUGACAAUAACAUGCGUCUACCGUACAUAAUAAUCUGAAGUGUAUGAUAUGAGCCUGUUUUUCCAUUUAUAAUUAGAUCUGCAGAGCUGUAACUGAUUCCUUUCACUCUUGAUUCAUCUGUUGAGUAUUUUCCACAAUCAAUCAAUUGCUUGUUUUGUCCAUAAAAUAUCAGAAAUUAUUUUUUAAAAAUCUCACAACUUCUCAGGGUACGAGACAUCUUCACAAUGCUCAUUUUGUUGGUCAGCAACACAGAAAAUCCUCAUUUGAGAAGCUGAAACUAAACUAGACGAUGGUCAAGACGAGGUCAGAACCACACAUGGGGAGGCAAGAAAAAUCAAAACCAAUAUUUGGUUUGUGACUCAAUAACUGCAAAACUAACGACAUCCUCCACAGCCUCAGCUGUACUUCAUUUUGUGCUAGUUAGCAUGUUAAUGGGCAAAGAUGCUAAGCUAAGAAGAUGAAUGCUGUAAACAUUACACCUCAUUUACACCAUGUCUGCAUGCUGAUACCACUAACAGGUCAUGGUUUUCAUUUACUCUGUUAGCAUAACUACUGUAUGAUGUAGCUUUAGCAUGCUAGCUAGCACUGUCAUUGUAUGCUGGUGUUAGCCUUUAGCUCAAAGUAUUGCUGUGCCUAUCUGACCUCACAGGGUUGCUAGCAUGGCUGCACAGUGGUCUUGUUUACUUAUCAUUUCAGCAGUAUAGAUGAACUGACAGGCUCUUUGACUGACCCACAGGCUGAGAGCUGUUCUCUGUGACAUGUAUUAGUCAUUUAAACCAUUUACCAAGCAAAAAUGCCAAACAUUUGCUGAUUGCAGCUUCUGAAAUGUGAGGAUUAGCAUUGUAAAUUGAACAUCUUUGUGUUGUGGACUGUUGCUCUGACACAAAAUGCCAGUUUAAUAUGUCAUAUUUACCUCCAGGAAAUCUCCAGUGAUGGGCUGUUUGUCACCAUUUUCUGACACUGCAUGAAGUAGACAAUUAGCACAUGAACCAAACUAUAAGUUGCAGCCUUAGCGUGAAUUGGCGGGGGCAUCUUACAGUUGCAUCAAGAGCAUUUAAUCCUAAUUGAACCUAAAUGUCGACUCCCCUGUCUGUCUGUCUGUCUGUCUGUCUGUCUGUCUGUCUGUACUGUCGACUCUGACUCGUAAUCAAAUGUAAUUUGUUGCAUUUUUCCCAAACUCAGAGCCGGAGACCAGCGUCUUUCCCCUCCCUGCUUUUGUCACAUUAUAAACUAGCGUCAGUUUAUGGUUGGACGUGGGGACAAAAACAGCCUUUGUGACUGUGUGAGCAGUGGUUGGUAAUCAGUGAAUAUUUUCUCGUGAUUGAAUUAAUUUGUUAAAUUGCCACAGGCCCUUGGGGCAUUUUGGAGGAUACCAAAAAACUGCACUAGCUGAUUACUUAACACAUAAAAGCAUCCUCUCAAAGCGAUCUCAUUUGUGGCUGUAAAGCUGUGUUCUGUGCUUCGCUCUGAUACCUCGGUUAGGUAAUACACCGGUGCUGAGAGUUAUAUUGGAGGUGACACCCCAUCAAGCCUAUAAAUAGCUUUGCACUUUUCCCCCAGGAGCCCAGCUGUAGCUUUCUCCCAGGCAUUUGAUCACUGGUAUUGUAGGGUACUGACAUCACCCAUCGCUGCUUUGUCUCUCUGACUUUCUGACUCCUGCGCACCAAGAAACACACUGGCACCCUCGGUGCUGUAGUAGCUUCAUUACAGCUGGAAUACUGUACAUAAAAAAGGCUUUCAUCAGCGGCUGUGAUGGCGAUGCUUUUAAGAGACGGUCACUGCACUGAUAGUUCGCCUCAGGGUUUCCCUCAACUACAUUCAAUGAUGACUCACCUAUUCACUUUAAAUACUCGACUUCUGUAUGAUGGCUACAAGCGAUGCGGCUGGCUCAGAGUAAAGUGAAUUCUCUGACAGUGUAUCACUCUCAAAUAAAUAAAACAGUACACUUAAUUGGAGGGGAUGGGGAUUCAGGCACAAGCCCAGUGCAAGCCUCAUAACAAGUGGGAGUAUGAAGCGAAUGAAAAUGAAAAAAGAUAUACAAAACCCCUGCAGGCUGCGUCUGACCCCAGUGAGUCACUGUCUACACAAGCUUCUCCAGAACUGGGCAUGACUCAGUGACGAGCGCUAACGUUUCUGAAGUGCACUUCUGUUUCUGUUGCUACAGUAUGUUACUCCAAUUUGGACUGGGUACCAUUUUAACUCUCAGUGUUUUAUGCCAUGAAUUAACGCAACAGUGAAGGUUAUCAUUUCCUGGAGCUGAUGUGUUUUUGAGACUCUUCUUUAUUCUACACUGACUCCUCAAGGAAGCAUGAGGAAAUGGUUAAACAUUAUAAACACAGCAGAAUCCACCUUUACAGAGGGUUAAUAACUAGUGUUUACUAAUUUAUUCUUUCUUCUAACAGGGAUCACGUUUACUGUUUAAGCUGUUGCUUUAUUGAUGGUUAGUAAAUCAUUACUAAUGCUUAUGGAUCAGAGAGAGACCAUUAACAUGAACAAAUUUUACAUGUUUUACAUAGUGUGUGUGUGUGUUUACCCCCUUUUCUACAGGGUUUACCAGCUGAAUUUAUUAGAAGUUAAUAAAUAAUUUACUACUUUAUAGAUCAGGGUUGCCAAGUUAGUAGCAGUGGAUCAUCAGACUUCUUGUGACCAUUUAUUAAUGACUUGGUACGACAUAUAUCCUCUAACUUGAGGCUUAUUAGGAAGUGACAAACCCAUUAUCUUUAAUGUUUUUUUCUUUAGUAUUUAUUCAUGAAUUAAUAACAUUUAUACCUGCAUUAUUACCACAUAAAAAGAAGGGAGGAACUCUAGCCAAAGAGCUUUUCCACAACCCAGAAAUUUCCUCUGACCAAUAAAGCUUUGAUUAAGCAAUUAUUAAUCAUAAUAAACCUGUUAGUUACAGCUUAUAAAUACUUUAUAAUGGAUGUGGUACCCUGAGAUGUAAUUAAUUAUUCUGUAAAAAUGGGCUGCCUGUCUUUUAUGUAGAAAAUGAAAAGGAGGUUUUCCUUAUUGUCCACUUCUGGAGAACAUGUGAAAUAUAGCUGGUGUGUCUGCUGCCAACAAAUAAUACAAAUGACCGGUGUUAGAUAUUUCCACUAAAUUUGACACUAAAACAGUGGUUCAGCUGUUUAAAAAAAGCUAUAUAAAUUCAGCUACAUCUACCACUGCUGGUGCAGGAUGACAUGUCAGAGUGGCGCUCAACAAAAUUCAUUACAAAAUUAACUCAACUUUUCUGUUAUUUUUUAUAUAUAUCUCCAGUGUACAAAGGUGUAAUAAACUCAUAUAUCUGCAACUGUAAUUCAGAUACAUUCUUGAGCACAGAAUCAUAUUUACCAAAGAAAAAGAAAGGUCAUAUUCCACCAUCAUUAACAUUCUCUUGUAAACAGUAGCCCUGUUGUAUAUUUUUGCAUACCAGACACAGAUUAUAAUACUACACACUGAAUCUACAGUAGCCACAGGCCUAUAAAUAAUUCAUUUCAGGAAAGGGAUCUAUUUGCCCCCGUGCCUCUCUGGCGCGCGCGUGUGCACCUGGUGCCAUUUGGCCACUGGACGCCGCAGACGCGUCUCCAAUUAUCCGGGAGCACAUCCCUGGAUUUCUCCUGCGCCCUUUGCCUCCAGAUCCGCAUUGAUUUGAGCAAAGCGUGAUCAAUGCGGGCGACACGAGAAACUCGCAGAUGAAUAACUUAAAGCCGGGGGGUGAUUGAUUGAUUUGUAUUUGCGCACAGGUUUUUGCGCAAAGAAAGAGCAAAUAACACAUAAAGAAAGGGGAAAUCUCCAGUGUGGGGGGAGUGAGGUGUGACUUUGGGUGUUUUGAGAGGACAAGUUGUUCCCAUGUCACUGGGUGUGUGACUUCUUCACGUGAUACGUAAAAAAAGAAAAGAUUAUUUCAAUAGGCAUGCUGCUUUCCACCCUGGUCCUCCUCAGUCCCCCCCCUGCCAGACCUGUAUCUGCCUGCUGUUUAAACGGUCGCAGCUGCUGAGAGACACACACCCUGCUCCACCUCGCGAAGCUUUACUCCCGCUCUUGACGGAUGUUAAUGGGGAAAUAAUCGGUAACUUUGAGAGGGAGGAGGAGGAGGAGGAGGGAGAGAGAGAUGAUGGUGGUGGUGUUGGCGACUGCUGCUGCUGCUGCUUGGGUUCAGCACGCUGGACAGCGCUCGUGGGAAGUUGGACAGGACGGCUGCGCGCGCGGACACACGAGGAUUUAAAUUGAGAUUAAUUCGCUGGAGAGAUGAGCGACGGGUGACCAUGGUUGAUUUCAAGCGUUCACCAUCGACAACAGGCGCAGGUAACCCGACAGCGGACUUUCCGGAGUAAGACAUGGACUUUGCUGAAAUCAUUUUCGCUUUGUUCAUCGUCGUGGUCGCGGUUGUCUCGCUGCUGUCAAACUUGUUGGUGCUGCUAUGUUUCGUCCACAGCACCGAGAUACGCCGACAGGUGCCCGGUGUUUUCACCAUGAACUUGUCCUUCUGCAACAUACUCAUCACUGUUCUGAACAUGCCGGCCACUUUGGUGGGGAUUAUCAGGAACCAGCAGCCUUUCGGGGAUUGCGUUUGCCACACGGUGAGCUUUCUGGAGACUUUUCUGACCGCGAACACCAUGUUGAGCAUGGCAGCCCUCAGCAUAGACCGGUGGAUAGCGGUGGUCUUCCCGCUCAGUUACUCCACUAAAAUGCGCUACAAGGACGCACUGAUCAUGGUGUGCUACUCCUGGCUCCACUCCUUCACCUUCUCCCUGACGGCGCUGCUCUUCUCCUGGGUCGACUACAGCGACGUUUACGCGUCCUGCACCUUGCAGCCGAGCGAGGAAGGCAGCGACAGGAUUAAGUUUACAGUCUUCACUGUCGUUUUCCACGCCACGAGUUUCAUGCUCUCCCUGCUCAUCUUGUGUUUCACCUACUUGAAGGUGCUGAAAGUCGCCAGGUUUCACUGCAAGAGGAUUGACAUAAUCACCAUGCAGACUCUUUUCCUGCUGGUCGACAUUCACCCAAGCGUGAAACAGAGAUGUUUAGCCGAACAAAAGAGGAGAAAGCAAAGAGCCACCAAGAAGAUCAGCAUCUUCAUCGGCUCAUUCAUCAUCUGCUUUGCUCCUUAUGUAAUUACAAGGUUGGCUGAGCUUCUACCUUUUGUGGACAUCAACCGCCACUGGGGAAUCAUCAGUAAGUGCCUGACAUACAGCAAGGCUGCGUCUGACCCCUUCGCCUACUCCCUGUUACGUCAGCAGUACAAGAAAGUCCUGGUUACAGUUGUCAACAGGCUGCUCCGCCGUGACCUGUACCCCUCAUCUGGCCAUAACAGCUCUUUAGACACAGAGAAUGACUACUGUCUCCAGAGGAUCAGCUAAUGGCAAAUGCGCCGACAUGACAGAUACACACUACGGGCCAAAAAUAAAGGUUGCCUUUUGGAAGGAGAAGAUGGGUGGAGGAAAAGAAUAACGAGGGAGACAGGGAGGACAGGAUAUUGUUAGGAAGGGAAAAGAGAGUAGAUAGAGGGGACAGAAUGUGGGUGGGGGGCGAAGAGAGAGCAAAAAAUAAGGAAGAUAGUGGGUGGAGAAGAAUGAAAAGACAGUAAUGAGGGGGAGGAUGAACAGGCAAAGAAAUGAAGAGGAUGAAGAGAUGGGCUAGGGGAAGACAGACAGGAGCGACAGGGGUGAUGUGGAGACCUCAGACGGUAUCGGUAAACAAGGGAUCUGUGAUUCAUCAGCAACGGCAAAACACACAAAACCACACAGAAGCACAGACAGAUCAAACAAAUCAAUUUCAUCGAAUAAGUCAUGGGUUCAGAUUAAUCUCAAACUGAAGGACCACACUGCUGGAGACAUCUUCACUUUGAGAGACAUGUAUAAAGUGGCCUUUUGUAGUGUACCAACCACUUUGUAAUGAUUUUGGCAAAUCCACAUGUAGUGACCUUUCUUCUGCUGCAAGGACAGUAGCUGAUGGUCGAUAGGCAGCAGAGUGAGGAUGUGAAAGAAAAGAAGAGACGGUGUUGUUUCUGCUUCUGGAUAAUGUACCUUCAGUGAAUGGAUGUACUCUUAGGUGUGGAGACUCAGCUCCUGCACAGUAUUGCCAUGUUCUGUAUUGACCGUGUUAGACUACUUUGCAGUGUCAUGUAAGUCACUGAAUAUUGAUGCACUUUGUCUAAAUCUCUCAGAGCUACUAUAGAUACAGGAGCCAAAGGCAAAUAACAUUUACACCACAAUAUUAAAGGAUAAGGCUGGUGAUAUUUUUGUUACUGUCAACAAGUGCCAUGAAAAGACAAAAACUAAUUAAGUAUAACUUUGCCUUUCAUACUUCCCAAAUCCCCUUUGCCUGCCUUUAGCUCCUAGCUCCAAGGCCAUUUGUUCCUGGAAAGUGUUUAAAAACAGGCCAUGGAUAUAUACUGUCAUUAAAAAGAAAAAGGCUAAAUAGCUUCUUAAAAGAGGUGGGCACUGUAGUUUUUGGCAAAAGCUGCACAUUCAGGAGUAAAUAAUGCAUUUUUUAGGGACUAUUUUUAGUUGCGGAUGAAUACAGGUUUGGCCCACCAGUGAAUAUUUAUAGUAGCAGUGCAGUAUAUGUAGGUUUGACCUGAAAAACUACAGUGCCCAUGUCCAUGACAAUGAAGAACCAUGUCACCCAGUGUAACAGGGCGUCUAAGUAACAUGUUUUUAAUAGUUUUUGGACCAAUAACCAACAAAGCGAAUUAAAAAUGACAAUUUACUGCAAUGGCAGAUGUAGUGGCUGACAACAUUUGUUAGGAGCAGGAUGAGCUCAUCGUUGGUUUUGGUCUUUUCAUGAUUUUUGCUGACAGUAAGAAAAACAUAGUGUAUCACAAGACUUUUUGUAACUAAAGUGUGCAUUUGUAACUGAAUGUACUAGAGAUAGCCCACUUUUAACUGAAAUGCAUUUGUACAACCGUACUUUGUUUUGCCAGUUGACUGGAGAAAAAUGUUUCUAUGGAUAUUUACAUGAUGUUGUUAUAUAUAUUUUGCACUGUACAGGAACAACUUUUUGUCUGGAUGAAGGGGGAGUAACGUGAUGUAGCAUAGGAAUGCUUUCAAAGUGCUUUAAAACACACUGUUUUGUGUUUGUGCCAGAUUUGAAUAUGUGACUUUUCCAGCUAUUCUAUACUUUAACCAGAAUAGCUGCUUUAUUAUUUUAAAAAAACAAACAGUUUCUUUGGAUGUAUUUUACACACAUGUAUUUUUCCUCCUGUGAGCCACUUGCUGUUCUUUGGCAGUGUGAUUAGCUAUUAGUGGAAUAUGUGCAAUAAAAGCUGUCAAUUACAAAGCUAUUAAAAUAUUAAUGUUUUCACAGUAACGUCAGUAAAUCUAGAUAAUCUGCAAGCUUGUACAUUUAAUUCAAGCAGUGCAGUUAAAACUCUUGAACUUUUAACUAAAUGUCAAAGAGUAGGACUUUCAUUUAAAUGACCAGAUAAAAAUUACAGAAACAUUGUAGGAAAUAUUCUGUACCUGAAAUCAAUGGAUACAGGUGUACUUGAAAGAAAAUUUAUUAUUCUCUAACAAAUAAAA